UACAAGACAUACAAAAUGGUUCAGAGAAUUACCUACAGGCGUCGCCUUUCCUACAACACCAGGUCCAACAGGACCAAGACCGUACGGACCCCCGGCGGUAAACUGGUGUUCCAGUAUCUCAAGAAGAGGCCCAGUGUCCCCAAAUGUCCCAUGACCGGCCUGAGGCUGAAGGGUGUCAAGCCCGCGACCAACCAGGAGAAGUCCAGGAUGAGCAAGAGGUUGAAGACCGUCUACCGUGCCUACGGUGGAGUCCUCAGCCACUCUGCCGUCAGGGAGAAGAUCGUCCGCGCUUUCCUGAUCGAAGAGCAGAAGAUCGUCAUGAAGGUUCUGAAGGCCCAGGGCGGCGGCAAGAAGGAAUAAAUUUGUAUUUCUUGAAAUAAAUCCCUGAAACUUAA